AUGGACCACAAGCCGCUGCAGCACGAGCGCCGUCCCCCCACCACCCACCUCCAGGGCAAUGGACCUGCAGCCCUCACACCUCCAGGGCCAUUCCUGCUGCAACCCACUUCAUCACACGGAUACCCAACCACCACCCCAGGGUCUCCAUGUCCACAGUACCCUGUCAAUUCAAUGGUUGUUCGAGAAGGCUGCCCAGUCUGCAGAUUUGGGGUUUUGGAGGGCUUCUUCACCUUUCUGGGCAUCUUCCUGGCUACCAUCUUGUUUCCCUUUGGAUUCAUCCGCUGUUUUGCCUUGAAGCGAAGAUGCCCCAACUGUGGAGCAAACUUUGCUUUAAGAGAACAAUACGCCGAGCUUUCUUACAUUCAGUUAUCUUUUCUAAUGUAA